AUGGCAUUCGUGAGAGUUUCGAAUCGCAGAGGGAAUAGCAAAGAUCAAAGAACAGUCAUCUUUUUUUGUAUUAUCUGGAUUUUCUAUCCAAGAUUAACCCUCUACCCCUCUACAUCCCCACUUUCUGAUCUUGAGGUUUGUCGAGUCCAAGAUUCUGAUUUCUCUGCUGAAGUCUUUCACUCGCCUGAGACUUUCAAGAAGGAUUAUAUGGAUAUGGAGAGUAAAUUCAAGAUCUUUAUGUACCCACAAACAGACAAUGAUAUUGUUUGUGAUAAACAAAGGAGGCUUUAUGGCAAGCAUGCAAGUGAAGGCUACUUCUUCCAGAAUCUUGAUCAGAGUCAGUUCUUGACCACGGAUCCCGAAAAGGCUCAUCUUUUUUUAGUUCCUGUUCAUUGUCAUAAGUUGCAUGCCGAGAGAAGAUCGUCUGAAGAAACGGCUGUGGCUGUCCAGAAUUUUGUCAAUAGCUUGAUUUCCAAAUACCCUUAUUGGAACCGAACUUUAGGUGCUGAUCACUUCUUCGUAAUCUGUCAUGACCGUAGUACGAAUGGUACUCAACGAAUUUCGCAUCUUGUAAGGAACUCAAUACGAGUUGUAUGUUCUCCAAGUUAUAAUGUUCAGUAUGUUCCACACAAGGACAUUUCCCUUCCACAAAUUCAGCAGCCGUUUACUCUUCCCCCUUCUGGAAAUAAUGUAACGAACAGGACUGCACUAGCUUUUUGGGCAGGUCGUCUCAAUUCUCAUAUAAGAGAUGUGCUGAUCCAAGCUUGGCAGAAUGACACAGAACUUGACAUACAGAAAACCCGAAUGAAGCUUUGGAGAAUUAGAGGACAUAAAGUCCAUGGUACUCCUCGUAUAGCAGAAGCAAUUCAUUACGGAUGUGUUCCUGGUGAUAUAUCAUUCCUUUUUCCUUCAUCUGUUCUUUGGAUUGUAUUUUCUGUGUUUGUGUACCGUCCUGCAGUAAUCUUGGCUGACCACUACAUUUUGCCAUUCAUUGACAUUCUUGACUGGAGGAAAUUUUCUGUGUUACUGAAGGAGAAUGAUGUCUAUCAGCUUAAGGAAAUCCUCAAGGACAUACCAGACUCUAAAUAUAGAUUCUUUCAGGACAACACAGUCAAGGUCCAGAAGCACUUCCAAUGGAAUUCACCUCCUGUCAGCUUUGAUGCAUUUCAUAUGGUAAUGUAUGACCUAUGGCUGCGCCGGCAUGUUGUCAAAUACUGA